AGAGAAGCGGUGCAACGGGAAUGAACAGACCCGCACGAGUAACAUAAUAAUCCAACCGUCAGUUUUCUUUAUAACCAGUUUUUAUUUUUUUUAAUGACAAUGACAAUUUACAGGCUACCUACGUUUACAGACAAUAUGACAAUCAACUGUGGAACGUUUUGAAUAGGACUGUUAUUAUUGAGACAUUGACCAUAACCCACCGCUGUCUGUCUGUCUUUUAAACCGGAGAGUGAGAACCGACAAGGACGUGCCGCUAUACGGGAACGUGUAACCCGGGCAUCAGUGCAGCUCACCGGACCGGUAAACACGUCUCUAAUAACCACCGUGGAUCUAUAUUUUCCAUUUGGAAUCUUCACAGCUCUUCUCUCAGAAACAUUCUCCUCGAAGGAUCCGGUGACUCACCGCGAAGGGGAAGGCAAGCCUCUGCAUUCUAAUCAGCCGCACCGGGAGAACGGAGAGGAGAACGGAACGAGCUCAUUGACAUUACAGUCAUACUUUUUGUGGAGCACUUCUACUUCGGUAGCUGAACCCGCACCACUCGUAGCGCUGCUAGUCUGCGUCGGUCGGAGCUGGUUGCUGGCUUCAUUCUCACCACCCGGAGAAGGAAUAGCAGGGUGACAGACCAAGCGAGGGGAUUGGGUUUUAACAUAAACCAAAACCAGGGAUUAUUGGCUAUUUUGUAUUUAACCUGAUACCUUUCGGUAAGAGAGCGACAGAGAGAGCAACGGGAACGCAUAACGGCUAUUCUAUCCGGUUGGAGACAGACCGGGUUACGAUUAUUCCUGAGAUGAGCCCUAGGCGUUCAACUGAAUUUAAAUUAGGUGUCCACGAGCACCAUCGUUUUCUAUAAGGGAAAGGAGAGCGAGAGAGAGAGAGAGAGAGAGAAAAAGGGAAAUUUAAAUCGGUGCUCUAGAAUGACUUCUACAUUCCACGAUGAACGGAACUGUGUGUUUGAUCCUGAAUGGUAGAAAUCACCCAUUUUGUGUUGGAGAAAUCAACAGGUCGGAGUCGGAGGCGUAAAAAACAAAAUCGCUCGAAAUUAAAAAACCUCUCACCGAAGGAUGUAUCUUUCCAUUUUAUUUUUCCUUCUCCUUUGGGCUCAAGCCCUGGCUUUGAAAAACUUGAAUUAUUCCGUUAACGAAGAACAAGGACCGGGGACGGUUAUAGGCAACAUCGCUAAAGAUGCUAAACUCGGUCUCGGGCAAGGAGGACAAGGGAAAAAAUCAAACUUCAGAGUUCUGGAGAAUUCAGCACCGCAUCUCAUCGAUGUGGACCCUGAGAGCGGGCUGCUCUAUACCAAGCAGCGCAUCGACAGGGAAACACUGUGUCGGCGGAACCCCAAAUGUCAGCUCUCCAUGGAGGUGUUUGCUAACGACAAAGAGAUCUGCAUGAUUAAGGUAGAUAUAGUCGACAUCAACGACAACUCGCCCACGUUCCCUUCCGAUCAGAUUGAUAUUGACAUUUCUGAGAACGCUGCCCCGGGCACCCGCUUCCCGCUUACUAGCGCUCAUGACCCGGACGCUGGGGAGAACGGUCUAAAAACCUACCAGAUCACACGAGACGACUACAAUCUGUUUUCUCUGGAUGUAAAAUCCCGCGGGGACGGAACUAAAUUUCCCGAGUUAGUUAUUCAACGGCCGUUAGACCGGGAGGAACGUAACCAUCACACCCUCAUCCUAACCGCUACGGACGGCGGGGAGUAUCCCAGAUCAGGAACCAUGCAGAUUAAUGUGAAAGUUAUUGACUCUAACGAUAACAGCCCUGUGUUUGAACAGCCCUCUUAUGUUGUAGAAAUCCCAGAAAACUCCCCACCUGGGAAAGUAUUGAUAGAUUUAAACGCCACAGACCCAGACGAGGGUUCCAAUGGUCAGGUGGUUUAUUCAUUCAGCGGCUACGCCCCGGAUAGAAUCAGAGAACUCUUCUCUAUAGAUUCUAGAACGGGAGUCAUAAAAAUCCAAGGAGAGAUUGACUACGAGGAGAACCCUAUUAUAGAAAUAGAUGUUCAGGCUAAGGAUUUAGGCCCUAACCCCAUCCCAGGCCACUGUAAAGUAACUGUGAAUGUGAUCGACAGGAAUGACAAUUGGCCCUCCAUAGGGUUUGUGUCUGUGAGGCAGGGGGCCAUUAGCGAGGCAGCCCCACCAGGCACGGUCAUCGCCCUGGUCAGAGUCACAGAUAAAGACUCUGGGAGGAACGGGAAGCUCCAGUGUAGAGUCCUGGGGAACGUUCCGUUUAAACUAGAGGAGAACUACGACAACUUCUACACCGUGGUGACGGACAGGCCUCUGGACAGAGAACAGCAGGACGAGUACAACGUCACCAUCGUCGCCAAGGACAACGGCGCGCCGCCCCUAAACUCCACCAAGUCGUUCACGGUGAAGAUUCUCGACGAGAACGAUAACGUUCCGCGUUUCACCAAAGCUGUGUAUCUGCUCCAGGUGCCGGAGAACAACAUCCCCGGGGAGUAUCUGGGUUCCGUCCUCGCUCUAGACCCGGACCUGGGCCAGAACGGAACCGUGUUCUACUCCAUCCUCAACUCCAAUGUGAGCGGAGGAGACGUCAACACCUUCGUGAACGUGAACGCGGCCAACGGGGCAAUCUACGCCGUGAGGUCAUUCAACUACGAACAAAUCAAAUUCUUUGAUUUUAAGGUCUUGGCGAAGGAUGCUGGGUCUCCUCACCUGGAGAGCAACACCACGGUCAGGGUCAGCGUCUUAGACGUUAACGACAAUAUCCCCGUCAUCGUUCUCCCGCUGCUCCUGAACGACACGGCGGAGAUCCACGUGCCACGGAACGUCGGCGUAGGUUACGUCGUCACCACGGUGAGGGCGGUCGACAACGAUUACGGCGAGAGCGGGCGGUUGACCUACGAGAUCUCCGACGGUAACGAGGAGCAUCUGUUCGAGAUGGACCCGGUGACGGGCGAGGUACGGACCGCCCACCCCUUCUGGGAGGACGUCAGCCCCAUGGUGGAGCUGAUCAUCAGGGUGAUGGACCACGGGAAGCCCACCCUCACCACCGCCGCACGCCUCAUCGUCAAGGCCUACAGCGGACCGCUGCCGGGCGGCGAGCCCCACAUCAACGAAGAGCAUCACAACUGGGACACCUCGCUGCCUCUCAUCGUCACCUUAUCCAUCAUCUCUAUGAUGCUGCUGGCUGCCAUGGUAACCAUCGCCGUGAAGUGCAAACGGGAGAACAAGGAGAUCAGGACGUACAACUGCCGCAUCGCGGAGUACUCUCACCCGCAGCUGGGCAAAGGCAAGAAGAAGAAGAUCAACAAGAAUGACAUCAUGCUAGUUCAGAGCGAGGUGGAGGAACGGGACGCCAUGAACGUCAUGAACGUGGUGAGCUCCCCGUCGCUCGCCACCUCCCCCAUGUAUUUCGAUUACCAGACGCGGCUGCCGCUGAGCUCGCCCAGGUCGGAGGUCAUGUACCUCAAGCCCACGGCCAACAACCUGUCGGUGCCCCAGGGACAGGGCCACGGCGUCGGCUGUCACACGUCCUUCACUGGCCCGGUGACUAACACCACAGAUACCCCCAGUAGCAGGAUGUCCAUUAUACAGACAGACAAUUUUCCCGCUGAGCCCAAUUACAUGGGCAGCAGGCAGCAGUUUGUUCAAAGCAGCUCGACAUUCAAGGACCCAGAGCGAGCCAGCCUUAGAGACAGUGGUCAUGGCGAUAGUGAUCAGGCCGAUAGCGACCAGGACACUAAUAAAGGCUCCUGCUGCGACAUGUCGGCCAAGGAGGCUCUGAAGAUGAAGGCUACGGGCGUUAAACCACCUCCUCUGGAACAGGAAGAAGACUGUGUUAAUUGCACAGAGGAGUGCAGAGUCCUCGGCCACUCCGACCGCUGCUGGAUGCCACAGUUCCCGGCGGGAGGGGCGGGAGGGGGAGGAGCCAACCAGGCAGAGGGCGUGGACUACCGCAACAACCUGUUCGUCCCCGCGGGGAUGGAGGCUGCCAUGGAGACCACAGAAGCCUACGAGACCGUCAACCCCAACGGGAAGAAAACCUUCUGCACCUUCGGGAAGGAGCGUCGGGACCACACCAUUUUAGUGGCUAACGUCAAGCCUUACCUGAAGGCCAAGAGAGCCUUGUCUCCGCUUCUCCAGGAGGUCCCCUCAGCCUCCAACUCCCCCACUAAAGGCUGCUCCUCCUCUAACAACUCCCCCUGCGCCUCCUCCACUAAAUCCCCCGCAGACGGAGCCGAGACCAAACCCUCCCCCAGCCACUAUUGCUCUGGCCCCCCCGACGGGCAGUACCACUCCCCCAACAAACAGAGCAGAGACCCAGGUCUCCCCCAUCACUACGGCCCCCGCGGCCCAGGACUACCCCCGGGACACCCAGCCUACCCUUCUCUUUCCUGCGACCCUGUGGCCAAGGUUCUAGCGGAGGCCCGGUCCCGAAUCAGCCAGGAGGCUGGGGUGGGAACAGAGAUGGACUGUGUUCUGGAAAUGGACGGGGGGAUCCAUGGAGGGGGGGAGCUGGGGCGGGACGGGGUCGAUGCAGACCAGGUGGUCAGAGACAUCGACAAACUGCUGCAGGACUGCAGAGGCAGCGAGACAGCCACCGGCACUCUCAGAAGAAAGUGAUACACAGGGUAGAAAGAGAGAGAGAGAGAGAGAG